AAUCCUCCAAAUCGUGGCUCUUCCUUUGGUUUCUCAGUAUUCAAUUUAAUGAAUGCAAUAAUGGGAAGUGGUAUACUUGGCUUAUCCUAUGCUAUGGCCAACACAGGGAUCAUAGGGUUUAGUAUCUUGUUGCUGAUUGUUGCCAGCCUUGCUGCAUACUCUGUAUUUCUUCUGCUCAGUAUGUGCACUCAGACUGCUGUGACUUCUUACGAAGACCUUGGCCUGUUUGCGUUUGGAUCAACUGGAAAGGUUCUUGUUGCAACUACAAUAAUUAUCCAGAAUAUCGGAGCUAUGUCAUCUUACCUUGUAAUUGUUAAAUCCGAGCUUCCUGGUGCUGUUGCGGGGUUCUUAAGUGGAGACGAGAGCGGGUCUUGGUACCUUGAUGGGAGGCUGCUGCUGCUGAUUGCUUCAGUCGGCGUUGUUUUUCCUCUUGCGCUUCUUCCUAAAAUCGGCUUUCUUGGCUACAUAAGUAGUUUAUCAUUUUUCUUUAUGGUGUACUUUGCUCUUGUGGUUAUGAUAAAAAAAUGGUCGAUCCCUUGUCCUCUACCUCUAAAUAGUGCCAUAGAGACUUUACAGGUUUCAAAUUCUACUGGAGACUGUAAAGCAAAGCUCUUUCAUCUUUCAAAAGAGAGUGCUUACGCAAUACCAACUAUGGCCUUCUCUUUUCUCUGCCAUACCUCGGUCUUACCCAUCUAUUGUGAGCUCCGAAGUCCAUCCAGACGUAGAAUGCAGAAUGUGACUGUCACGGGAAUUGGUCUGAGUUUCCUGAUUUACUUCCUGUCUGCUCUGUUUGGGUACCUGACGUUUUAUGAUCAAGUGGACUCUGAGUUGCUGCAGGGUUACAGCAGGUACCUGCCGCACGAUACUGUCAUCAUGACUGUGAGAGUGGCCAUCCUGUUUGCUGUGCUUUUGACAGUGCCUCUAAUCCACUUCCCAGCGAGGAAAGCUGUAUUGAUGGUGUUUUUCUCUCAUCUUCCUGUGUCGUGGAUUUGCCAUAUCCUUGUCACCUUAACACUGAAUACAGUCGUCGUUUUGUUCGCAAUGUACAUGCCAGACAUUAAAAAUGUGUUUGGAGUAGUUGGUUCGACCACAUCAACAUGUUUGCUUUUUGUAUAUCCUGGACUAUUUUAUCUUAAACUUAGCAGAGAGGACUUUCUAUCACCACAGAAACUUGGGGCAUGUGCGUUGGUUAUUUUUGGCGUUUGUGUUGGUCUUCUCAGUUUAGUUCUGAUAAUUUUCAGUUGG